UCUCAUCCACUCGGACUUGUCUAAAGAUGCUCAGCGCCUCGGGUCGCCUGUCUCCCACUGAAACUGAGCUGUCUUGAGAAGAAAAAAACAAGUAAAGUGCGUUUUUAUUAUAAUCUCUCUUAUUCCGGCGCGCGUGCACCUCAUCGACAUGGAAAUGAAGAAAUCUAUUUCGGACACCGAGCGCGCGCUCCGGAGCUACGGCUCCGUGUCGGAAACAGCGUGGACAACGGACAAAGGCCACUCGGACGUGUCCAUGGCGGAGAGCACCAUGUCUCCGGAGGAGAUCGAGGUGGAGAUGGCCCGUAUCCAGCGCCUGCGGGAGGUCCUGGUGCGCCGGGAGUCCGAGCUGCGCUUCAUGAUGGACGACAUUCAGCUGUGCAAAGACAUCAUGAGUCUAAAGCAGGAGCUGAGACAGAUUGUGGCCGUACCAGAGAAAGAAAAAAACAAGAAGCACAAGCAGCGGGAGGAGGAGCUGAUCCUGAAGAUCCAUAAGCUGGUGCAGAAAAGGGAUUUCCUGGUGGACGAUGCCGAGGUGGAGAGAUUGAGGGAGAAAGAGGAGGACAUAGAGAUGGCGGAGUUCCUCAGGCUGAAGUUGAGGCCUCUGGAACAGAAACUCAAAGACGCACAGCAUCCUCCAAAGACCAAGCGAUGCAUCCCAGAGCCACCCGCCAACAAACCAUCCAUCACCAAGUCCGGAGCGGCCAUCAUAAAGGACUGCUGUGGAGCCACCCAGUGCGCCGUGAUGUAACCCACGGCGACCUCCUCCCGGCGCCGUGUCACAGCGCUCGCAUGACCUGAUCACUUCCUGGUACUCAGAGAACCACAGGCAGCAGAGUUUGCCCUUGAAUCUGCUCAGGAAUCAUAAUUACACCUCAACCGCAGGCGUGUGGGAACUGAUCCCUAAUCAGCGUUCAAGGGAAACCUGACAGUGAGUUUGUUAAAGUAAAGCCAGGGGGAGCUUUAAACGGAACUGUACAUAAAAAUCUGAUAACCGUGUCUGUAUAUUUAUUCAGUCUGUUGACUCGGAGGCAGAUCAGAUCAUUCGGUCACGUUACAUUCCUUUAAACCUGUGAUGCAUCUGAUAGUACAAGCACAACGUCCACAAGGUGAACUAAGGGGGGAAGAAGAGAAAGACAUUUCCAGUCUGCCAUGUAUCAUUCGACUGACUCUGUGCCCACAUAUGAACCUCAGACUUUCAGGAGCUUAAUAAUUCUGCGUUUUACAAUAUUCUUUUUUUUCAGGGUUAGGCAGAACGUAGCUGGCUAUGAAAUGCAAACACGGCCUCCCACAAACCAGUGAAGGAAAAGGUUGCUUCACACUGGCGGCCUGAGGGUGCUUUUGUGGGGACAGUUGAGAAAUGAUCUCACAGAGUUUACAGAUUAAGCUUCUGGUGACCACUGCACACUUUAAAGUUAGCAGAGGAGGCUUGGUGGCACUUUAAAGGAUAUACAUGAACAAGGGGGAUUUUGCUUGAUCGCUUCCAGAGCAGAGCAAAUUAAUGAAGGAAAUUCAAUUUAGGGAUUUGGUUUGGUGCCAGAGGAGAAGUGGACAGAAAGGCCUCUCAGGUAAUAGACGGUUAUUGGGUAAACCAAGGAAAUGCACUGACGUCCUGCGGAAACCAGGCCGGGAAGGCAGAACGUUAAUGUACAAUAAAUGAAAAGUCGACUCUAAAAUAUGGCCGACCCCUCGAAGCGAGUCGAGUGCCGUCAGCUACACAUGACUCACCUCUGUAUUCUCUUGGGUUUUGCACAUCCUGACGUCAUCGGCUGUAAAUACCAGCGCUCGACUCUCGUCCCGCUCGCUCAUUCUGCAGCUACCUGGAAAUAUUAACUAUGGUAGUAAGACUUCAACCAUAGCAGUCACGAAUACUGCAGACAGACUCGCAUCGUUUGAAUUUAGACUUUCAUUUUUAUGAUAAAGACGCCCAGAACUGAUUUAAAACUCGUUUAAAAGCCUCCAAUAUCCUGUAUGUGUGUGUUUGAGUGUAUUUAAAGCAUCAGUGAUUUGUGUCGGGCAGAGUGUUGCUUUGUCACUUUUACUUCCUACCGAUAACUUCUGUAGUUGUAGUGAAUUUAUGAGGGUCCCAACAGUAAAUAUGCAGAAAAAUAAGCUGAAACUACUUGUACAUAUGUGUUUCAAUAAAGAGCAUCUUUCAGGAA